ACCUGCCGCGAGAUCGGAGAGAGAGGGUAUGCGUGUGUCAGUACCACCUCGUGCCCCCCAACGGACGCAAAGACGUGAGAAGGGGAAAGGAUAUCCGUAAAAUCAAAACGGAAAACGUGACAUUCGGCUCAUUUCGGUGCACCAGAAUAACUAGUGUUUCCUUUCUGUGGGUCUGUGUGAACCGCACAUUGGGCUUAGUAUUAAAACAACGCUGACUCUGUUGUAGUAUUUAUGCUCAGCACGCAAAUGCUUCUGCAGCCGUUUGUUACCGGAGCGCUGGACGGUAUGCACCCCCCGGCUCAGAAAGACACCACUUUCACGAAGAUUUUUGUGGGUGGUUUGCCGUAUCACACGAGCGACUCCUCUCUGAGGAAAUACUUCGAGGCGUUCGGGGACAUCGAGGAGGCCGUGGUGAUAACGGACAAGCAGACGGGCAAGUCCAGAGGAUACGGCUUUGUUACCAUGACGGAUAAGGGAGCUGCAGAGAGGGCCUGCAAAGAUCCCAAUCCUGUCAUCGAUGGUAGGAAAGCUAAUGUGAACCUAGCUUACCUGGGCGCCAAGCCUCGCAGCCUGCAGGCAGGUGAGCAGGCAAGAGGCCUCUCCUUUGGUGCGCAGCAGGUCCACCCUGCACUGAUUCAGAGGCAGCAUGGGCUAGUCCAGCAGUAUGUGUACCCACAAACUUUUGUGCAACCCAGCCUGGUGUUGCCCUCCCAGAUCUCCUCCUCCGGCUCCACAUACAUAGACUACAGUGCUGCCUAUGCUCAGUAUGCUACCACUGCAUUUGAGCAGUACCCUUAUGCAGCCUCUCCAGGCUUUCUAGGCUAUAGCUAUGCCCCAAGCCUUGCUGCCCCUACCCCUGGCCCAGCUCAUAUUCAACAGCCCCUACCCACUGGGGCUACUCAGGCUCCCGCAUUUGUUCAAUAUGCCCCCCAGCAGCUGCAGCCGGACCGCAUGCAGUGACACAAUACGCUGGUGAAGUCGAGCAGCAGAGGGACUCAUCGCAGCGUGGGAGACAGGAUGACAAUUGCACUAUAACAAGAGGAUGAAACUCUGAUGCUCCACUGUCUCAGACACAAAGGGCUUCUUGAAUUUGCAUUCUCAAUAUUAUCAAUGUUUUUAUUAUUGCUGUUUUGUGUUUUCACAAUUGUUUUACUUGAUGGAAAAGUCACCCAGGCUGAAAAAUUCAGCAUUGUGCGUUGUAAGCUGGUAAUUCAGCAGGACUACUGGGUGCUUAUUGCUCAGGCUGGGCUGAGCAUGUUGGCUCGGAGAAUAGCCACCAUUCAGAAGGAGUGUAGCAGUUGUGGCCCUGCUGCUUGAUGAGGCCCUUGGGUGGGUAAAAGCAUUCCACUGGAGCAGGCUUUCUGCAUUGUGCUUUCCAAACCUGAGGAGGAGCUUCUGUUUCGAUGUUUACCUGCUCCAAGCUAAUGUACUUAAGAGGACAAACCAGGGUUGUACAGUCAGUCUUCCUGAGCCAAGUGAUGGACCACUGGUACAUCAGGAAAUCCACUUUCACGAGGCCUUAAAAACUACAAUCUCAAUGUUUCCGUUUUUGCUGUCUUGUUUUCCGCCACACUCACAACUGUGAAUAUUUGUUCACCAAUAUUUGUAUAUGGGACUCAUAUAAUGCUUGUAGUGAAAUGUCUGUCUCUCAAGGUCAUACUCACUUUCUGUACCUGUUAAAUUAUUCUUGAUGGAUGUAGAUAAUCAUCAUGGAUUUCAGUAUGCAGUUAUGCUUGGGGGACCAGGGUGGUGAUAGUUGAUGCAAAAGUAAAUAUUGUAGUUGACACUGUAAAUGCCAAUAUUUUACCUAACAGCUAACUGAAGAUAAUCAUGUUAAUGUUUCAUUUAAAGGGGACAUUUUAUCUACAUCAAGCAAUUGCUGCAACUAAGGGAAAAUUACAGUAUUUGUUUGAUUUGGAUAGUUUGGUUUUUUGCUAGGAGACUGAUCAAACCUGGCUGAGGUUUUAAUACUGAAUUAUUUUUCAGCAUGUUUAUUUAUGUACAAC